AUGGCCAUGAACGCCCCUCUAUUGGAAAGGCAUCUACCUCGUGCUGAUGAGUUAUCAUCACCACAGGCGAGAGCACAACUGCUGUAUGUCCGCUGUAGGAUCCAGAGGAAAGCCGGAUGCGCGGAUCUGGACCCGGACAUAGAGGCUCUGGCGAACAGCUUGGCUCGGGAGGCUGCUGACCGCGAGUCCUUCCUCCUUGCCCUCCAUGCGAUAUCCUUGGUGCCCUACCGUCAUGAAGGUCUCCUGUGUAGAGGGGUAGAGGGAGAGGACUGUGAAGGUGAUCGAGGCUGGACCGCUGGGUCCUAUUUACGUUACAUUGCAGAUUGUUUUCGUUUGUCGUGUCCUGUCACCAGCACGACCUCGAUAGUCUCCAACGCCAUCACCUACGAGAGCUUCUUCCUAUACGGCUUACGAUUCAUGGGCUGGGAUUUGAGUCGGGCCCGGGUCCCUAAUCUGGGAGAGGCAAUCUCCACGGUAAACUCGAGAGUUCUUCCUGCCGAGUCUGCGGCCAUGCUUUUGGCCGCCUUUCAAAUGAGCUACUGGUCGUCAUCGAAACGACUAAGGAACUUGGCGAACAUAUCGUUGGAGUCUUUGAGAAAGUUACAGCAUUGUACCCAAUUCGAAGUGAACGAGACAGCCCCGCAUGCCCGGUAUCAGGUUGAGGUUGAUGAGGUCCUCCGUGCGGUAUCUUCUAGCGAUUUUCGAGUGCUUCGGGAAGUUGAAGUCGAUCCUUAUUCCCUCGAUUUACUCCUCAUCACCCCUCAGUUUUUACGCACCAUGCAAGCCGAUGUUUCUGUUAAUUUAUGA